GAUAACCUCAAUCCGUCCUUCUCUCUUACAACACACCUCAGUCUUGAGAGCGGUCAUCCGUGUUAAGUGGCCCUGCAAUGGCGAGCAGCGCCCUCAAGCAGGCUAGUGCCACGCCACCGACACUGCAGCAGGCACAGACGAAUGCUUUGCUGACGCUCCUCAACCUCAAUAACCCUAUAGACCCGUCCUCUAAUCCUCUAUCUAUAUGGAAGGUAUUGAUUCUAGACCAGUAUACCAAGGACAUAUUGGCGACCGUCCUUCGGGUGCAAGACCUCCGCGAUGUUGGUGUGACUCUUCAUGUACAGCUGCACUCCUCCCGGCCACCGCUACCUGAUGUCCCUGCGGUCUAUUUCGUGUCUCCUACACUGGCGAAUAUCAAGCGCAUAGCUUAUGACUUGGAGAAGAACUUGUACGAGUCAUUCCACCUCAACUUUGUCGAACCUCUUCCGAGAGCUCUCUUAGAAGAGCUCGCCGCCGCUGUCGCACGGGACGGAAGCGGUGAACUUGUGGAACAGGUUCUUGACCAAUACUUGUCUUUCAUAUCCCCAUCGCCGUCACUGUUCUCCCUUCUUCCUCCACCCCACAGCCCAUCACCUACGACGCCUGGCACCCCGGGCACGUCUACCGCUUCCCCAGAGACCCAUUCGACAUAUUCCAUCCUCAACUCACCGUCGUCUGCGGAGCAGCAGAUCGAGUCAGAAAUCGAGCGAGUGGCGACCGGGCUUUUCAGUGUAGUCGCGACAACGGGUCAUGUUCCGAUUAUCCGCUGCCCACGAGGCAAUGCGGCGGAGAUGAUUGCAAAGAAGCUGGAACAGAAGAUUCGAGACGCUAUCCUGUCUGCGUCGAGGUCACAGUCUGCCUCAAUAUUCUCACAAGAUUCGACCGGCUUGUCAAAUCUCCAGCGACCUCUUCUGCUCCUCCUCGACCGCAAUAUUGAUUUGGUACCUAUGCUCUCCCACGGCUGGACAUAUCAGGCCUUGGUAUCGGAUUGUCUGGACAUGAAACUCAGCCGAGUGGUCAUCUCUCAGCCUCAAAAGAAGUCCUAUGACUUGGACUCCAAAGAUUUCUUCUGGGCUAAGAACGCCGCUAAUCCAUUCCCUCAAGUCGCGGAAGAUAUUGAUAUCGAGCUGAACCGUUACAAGCAGGAUGCCGCUGAGAUCACACGUUCGACGGGCAUCAGCGAUGUGAACGACAUCGCUCAAGUCGACCUGUCAGCAAAUGCAGCACAUCUCAAGACUGCCAUCACCGCUUUGCCAGAACUGACAGCACGCAAGGCGACACUCGAUACCCACAUGAACAUCGCAACCUCUCUGCUUGAGGAAAUCAAGAAACGUGGCUUGGAUGAGCUAUUCAGCAUGGAGGAAGCAAUCACGAAGCAGAACGUGCAAAUCAUCCUUGAGACGCUUCGCCACCCCAAACCGGAUGUCGUUCCAACCCCGGCGGACAAGCUCCGUUUGGUGCUCAUCUUCUAUCUCUCUUCUCCGGACAAUGCUAUCUCCAAGGAGGACGUCGCUGAGCUCGAGAAAGAGCUCAAGACCGCCGGUGCCGAUACUGCUGCCUUCGAGUACGUGCGCCGAACGCGGGAGAUCUCGCGCAUGACCGUCCCCACGGCAGUCGGUGGCGCCUCCACGCCUGCCCUAGGCGGCACACCAGGCGGCGAGCUCUUCAAGGGCUUCAGCGCACUCGGGAACAGGCUCAUCAAGGACCGCGGCCUCGACAAUUUGAUCAGCGGCGUGAAGAACUUCCUGCCUGCGAACAAGCUCCUGCCGGUCACGAGGCUCACGGAGGCACUGAUGGACUCCUCCUCGGCGUCGAACCAGUCGUUGCAGGAGACGGACGACUACCUGUUCCUUGACCCCCGCGCCCCGAAGAACCCGAACGCAGGCUUAGGCAUCUCGGGUGUCGGUCCCGGAGGUGCUGGCGGCGCAGCGAGCGGACGCUCGAAGCGCAUGGCCUUCUCAGAUGGUGUAGUGUUCAUCGUGGGAGGUGCCGGAUACGUUGAGUAUGGGAACCUCGAGGAGUGGGCCCAGAGGACAGGCAAGAGGGUGACUUACGGUGGCACCGAAAUUUUGGACCCUGGAGGAUUUGUAAAAGUGCUUGAGAGUCUCGGGAAGGGAUCUGCGUAGCUUUUACCUCCUCAACACGAGUUUCUGAAUCAUUGUUUCGUCUGAAUUUUAGUCAUGCUGGUAUUUGAGUAACUGACAGCGUGCAAGUGUAUUGAGCAUGGAUACAACGAGUGAGGGUAAUUUACAGAUGAAAUGAUGCCAACUCAAGACGCUUGGGUGAGAUUACUUUCGCUUCUGCUGCAUGGCCAGAAUCUGCACCAGGCGAAUGCUGUUACGGGGCUGGUCAGAUAU